UUCCAAAGGAGGCUCCCGUAUCGGCACAGGCGCCGCUCGGACGGCCGCACGGGGUCCUCGGCUGGGCGGGGCCUCGCGCAGUGCCUUGUGGGUCCUUCCUGCACCCUCUCUCUCUUUCUCUCGGGCCCGUGGCGCCGGCAGGAUGGGCAAGUGUCGCGGUCUCCGCACUGCCAGGAAGCUCCGCAGCCACCGGCGGGACCAGAAGUGGCAUGAUAAGCAAUACAAGAAAGCCCACUUGGGCACAGCCCUGAAGGCCAAUCCGUUUGGAGGUGCCUCCCAUGCCAAGGGAAUCGUGCUGGAAAAAGUAGGGGUUGAAGCCAAACAGCCCAAUUCUGCCAUCAGGAAGUGUGUCAGGGUGCAGCUCAUCAAGAACGGCAAGAAGAUCACAGCUUUCGUGCCCAACGAUGGCUGCUUGAACUUCAUUGAGGAAAACGAUGAAGUUCUGGUUGCUGGAUUUGGUCGAAAAGGUCAUGCUGUAGGUGAUAUUCCUGGAGUCCGCUUUAAGGUUGUUAAAGUAGCCAAUGUGUCCCUUUUGGCCCUAUACAAAGGCAAGAAGGAAAGACCAAGAUCCUAAAUUUUGACAGCGGAAAUGCAAUAAUAAAUUUUCAUAUUCUGAAAA